AUGGAGGCGGUGGUCGUCGACGCGGGGUCCAAGCUGCUGAAGGCCGGCAUCGCGCUGCCCGACCAGGCCCCGGGGCUGGUGAUGCCCUCCAAGAUGAAGACGGAGGUGGAGGAGAACGAGGUGGCCGACGGCGCGGCAGCGGUGGUGGUGGAGGUGGUGCAUCCGGUGGUGCGCGGUUUCGUCAAGGACUGGGACGCCAUGGAGGACCUGCUCACCUACGUCCUCUACAGGAACAUCGGCUGGGAGAUGGGGGACGAGGGCCAGAUCCUCUUCACCGAGCCACUCUUCACGCCCAAGGCUCUCCGGGAGCAAUUAGUGCAACUUAUGUUUGAAAAAUUCAACGUAUCAGGAUUUUAUGAUUCUGAACAGGCUGUAUUGUCCCUUUAUGCUGUUGGUCGCAUUUCGGGUUGUACGGUUGACAUUGGACAUGGGAAAAUAGAUAUUGCUCCAGUUUUUGAAGGUGCUGUUCAGCACGUAGCGUCGAAGAGAUUUGAGAUUGGAGGAACUGACUUGACAAACCUAUUUGCACAAGAACUAAAGAAGUCCAACCCAUCAGUAAACAUUGAUAUUUCUGACGUUGAGAGGCUGAAAGAGCAGUAUGCAUGCUGCACAGAAGAUCAGUCAGCCUUUGAAGCUAUAGCAAGUACACGCCAGCCUGAAACUCACACUCUUCCAGAUGGACAGGUUAUAACAAUUGAAAAAGAGCGCUAUAUAGUUGGCGAAGCUUUGUUUCAACCAAGCAUCUUGGGCUUAGAAGAUUAUGGCAUUGUCCACCAGCUAAUUACUAGUGUUUCAAACGUCGCAUCAGAGUACCAAAAGCAACUGCUGGAGAACACUAUGUUAUGUGGUGGCACUGUAUCUAUGACUGGUUUCGAGGACAGGUUUCAGAGAGAAGCGAAUCUGUCUGCCUCCGCGAUCCGCCCAACUCUUGUGAAGGCCCCGGAGUACAUGCCGGAGGACCUGGCGCGGCACUCGGCGUGGCUGGGCGGCGCGAUCCUGGCCAAGGUGGUCUUCCCCCAGAACCAGCAUGUGACCAAGGGCGACUACGACGAGACUGGCCCGUCCAUCGUCCACAAGAAGUGCUUCUGA